AUGACAGACCAAAUUGGUAGUCUUGGCCGUAGCGCUCUUCUUUACGCCGGUGAGUCUGCAUCCCCACCCCCUUACAGUAUAGUAUAUCUAACGAAGUCACAAGUCGAUCUUGCUGAUUCUUGCCCCGCCCCACGUCAUCGUCUGGCAACAGACACGCUGUUCAUCGUUGAAGACCAUCACAGACGAUGUAUCGAUACUGCUUUCCUGGGAGUCGAACGAUUGAGCCAGUCUAUACGUGACCCCGAAAAUCAGCAACUUUCCCAAGAGGCUGCAGCGGUAUGUCGGAGAUACGAUAAAUAUCGGUGUUCCCUCCUAGGAUUCCGUGAAUUUCAUCCUGAUAGAAUGAUACUGAACGAAAAUGGACACUCAAGUAUACACUUUAAAGCCUGUACAAGGUCAGACUCGGCGCCAACUCUGAGAGAGCUAGAGCAGAGAUGGAGAUGCGCAGAGAAAGAUCUGGUAUAUUGUAAGAUUCAGAAAUGGGAUCAAGAAUUUAGGAGGGCUUUGAAAGGCUCUAUACAAAGUACGAGAUUAGCAACGGCUUCUUUGCGAGGCAGUAUGGACACAGCCCAUAUCAAUGAAGAGGAGAAGGGCGAAGAAGUAGACAGUAAGGCAAUACCGAAUAAUGACUCAAUUGCGAAUUUGGAUGAAGCCGGAGAUCGAUUAUUUGACGAUGAGUUCAGAUCUCUACUCGAUGUGGAUCUUCAGAAAUUCAUCGAGGGUGCUUCCACGACAGGACAAAUUGGGCAGAAAGACACCCACCAAGCUGUUACAACACGUGACCAUCCAAGUGUAAGUGCGAGCAAUCGCCUCGACGAAGUAUAUUCCUCCCUUGAGAAGGCGGAAACCUCCUACAGAAGGCUGGAAUCCUUCCUAUGGGAGAGCGAACAGAAUCUGUUUGAUCCUGGUCUUCUUAGAAGGUACAACAAGAUUCUGAACCAGGAUAUAGCUUUGUGGGAUGAAUGGAUCUCAAUGAGAGAAGACGUAUCGAUGAUCAGAGAGUGUCAUAGUGAUAGAUCGAGCUUGAGUCACAUAACGUGA